AUGUCGCCAUAUCGGAUUGCGCAUGGGGUGGAGCCGACGCUGCCGUUUGACCUCGCGGAAGCUACGUACCUAGGGGAGAGCCCAGAAGCAAUGUUAUCUACGGAGGAACUGAUAUCGAUGCGAGCGCGGCACCUGCUGAAACGGAAGGAAGAUCUCUCUAGGAUUCACGAACGGGUGGUAGCGGCGCGGUAUCGGUCGGUCAGGCAGUUCAUCAAGAAGAAUCAACAUGUCAUUAAGGACUAUGACCACCAGGCGGGCGACGUCGUACUAGUACGAAACUCGCAGAUUGAGAUGGAACACGAUAGGAAGGCGAAACGGCGGUACCUAGGACCUAUGGUGGUGGUGCGGAGAACGGAAGGAGGGUCAUACAUUCUAGCCGAGCUCGACGGAAGUGUGUCUCGCCAUCGAUACGCGGCGUUCAGGGUGAUCCCGUAUCGCGGACGAGGGCCUAAGCGUGUUGAGUUGGAGGGCCUCAAAGAGUGGGAGGAGUACUUACCAGAUGACAACGAGGAAUUGGAAGAAGAAUACGGAGACCAGCUCGACGACGAUGAGGAGGGCUCCGAAGAGGAGGAUUAA